GUCACUUUGGUAUGACACUUUUAUAAAACGAUUUUCAGGAUUAAUUUUAAAGAAAUGAAAUUGUGUCAAAAUUUUAGGUAUCCGUUUUUCAUCAGAGCUGCUUAAAUAUUAUAACUUUGAAAUGAAAGAUGAUGAUGAUGAUGUUGUAGGUUGUAAUACGACUAAAAAUUCUCCUCUGAAAGCGGAAAGCAUCGCUCCAGUAUUAGAUGACCAACUCGAGAAAGAAGACAACGAGGAGAAUCUUCUACUUAAAAGCAAUAGUUUAACAGUUGUUACCAUCAACAAAUUAGAGAAUAUGCUAGAGUGUAAGAUUCAGAUACCAGAUCACUCGCAACCAACUGUACAGCAGAAUGAAUCCUAUAGCGAGAUAGGACUGGAUAUUUUCCAAAGUUCUGCUGCAUGUUCGAAAUAUGACAGGUGCUCAAGAGCUAGCGCAUCUCCUCCACAGUUCAACGGAACAUUUUCCAUAGGAUCGGUUGGGUCCCUGAAUUGUCGUAUUUGUCAUUGUGGUGAAGAAACUGAAAGGUUAAUUUCGCCUUGCCUGUGUAAAGGUACGCUAGCAUUUGUGCACAAGUCGUGCCUGGAAUAUUGGCUGAACACUUCCGGGACCAUUCACUGUGAGUUAUGUAAAUACCAAUUUCCGACGAAAGUGUGUCUGAGGUAUCGCUUUUGGCAGUCACUACUGUUGUGGUAUCGACAUCCAAAUAACAGAGAAUUAUUCCAGACAGAUUUUUUAGUUUGUUUAUUAUUAACGAUCGUCACUUUUGGGAUUGCGGCAAUUUCCUUAAUCGGAAUUCACAUGCUGCAAGUCAAUAGUCGGCUCACAGUCUCCCGAUUGUGGACCCAGGGGCCUCUGAUCGUAUUUCUUCUAAUUGUGACGGUUGCGUAUAUUGUAAAUCUAAUUGUAAUGUUAAAAUCACAGUUGGUUCCUUGGUAUAGAUGGUGGCGAUCAGCUCGUCAAGUAAAGCUAAUUUAUUUUGACGUAAGAGAAAAAGUGCAACCUAAUCGAGAAAUUUCCCUCAGGAAAAGCCGUACAUCUACAAAUACUGAGAGGGAAAUCCGGAUAACGAAUAUUUGAUGUCCGUACGUAUUGGGUAAAAUUUUCUCCCACAAUUUUCCCAAUAGGACUAAGGUUAAUGUUGUACAAAGCCUAGUUGAUCACCGAACUUUUUUAAGGAAUUCCAUAUAUGUAUGUAUGUCAGUCGCAAGAGAUAUCAUUUCCUUUGUAAACACAUUUAUUAACAUGUAACAUAAACAAACUGAAUAAAAAAACAUUAACAGAACUGAA